AUGAGAGCGAGGCAACACAUCCUGGGUUAUUCUUCAGCUACGGUCAGCAGCAUCCCCGGUGCUGCCUUCUGUCGCCUCCACACGGAUACUCCGUUCGGCUCUGUCGGGUCUCUGUCGCGGACGGCAACUAUGGCUGAUGGGGGAGAAGCCGGGGAAGAUGAAAUCCAGUUCCUACGAACCGACGACGAGGUUGUCCUGCAGUGUUCUGCCACAGUCCACAAGGAGCAGCAGAAGCUGUGUCUGGCAGCGGAGGGCUUCGGAAACAGACUCUGCUUCCUCGAGUCAACAUCCAACUCUAAGAAUGUCCCUCCAGACCUGUCCAUCUGUACGUUUGUCCUGGAGCAGUCCCUCUCAGUCCGGGCCCUGCAGGAGAUGCUGGCCAACACAGAGGAGAAGGCAGAAGGGAAAUUCAUGAUGAAGACGGCCCAGGGAGGGGGCCACCGCACCUUACUGUAUGGACACGCUGUUCUGCUACGACACUCCUACAGCGGCAUGUACCUCUGUUGCCUAGGUACCUCCCGAUCCUCAACCGACAAACUGGCGUUUGAUGUUGGACUGCAGGAAGACACAACAGGUAGGUCUCUUUCUCUUCUUCUUUCCCAACAGCCAUAGUAUAGCUAGU